AUGAAAUACGAUAAUUGUGAUCUACCCAAUGGGCAACAAGUUUCGGUCUCUCCGGUUUUCGAUGGAUAUAAAUUUAAGCUCAAGAACCCAGACCUUUAUACUUCUUUCCCACCUGAGUGGAAAAUCUCUCUUUGGACAAAGACCGAGGACCGCCAUGACGCUGAGCCCGGAGGUAACCCUGUAGAGAGCUAUCUACCAUUUACGGAGCCGUCGCUCGAAAAUGACAAACUAUACCUUUCGUCUAUGUCGAUACCCUCGAGUGAGGACCUGAAGCCUAACAGUGCUCUGACAAGGCAAGUGGCCAUGGUGAUGCGGGUUACUUUCUUGUGGUAUUUUCAGGAGCAAGAGCCAAACCCACAUGUCACAGUACUCGGUGGACCUGACAUCCCAGAAGAGGCAGGGUCACGACGGAUGGAUCGUACCAGAUAUACCACAUAG